AUGGCGGGGUCCGGGCCGCCGGGCGGGCGGCGGGUGCUGGUGGUGGGCGCGGGGGCGGCGGGGCUCGGGGCGGCGCAGCGGCUCCUCCAGGCCUCCCGGCGCUUCGCCCACCUGCGCCUGCUGGAAGCCUCGGGCCGCGCCGGGGGACGCAUCCGCAGCGCCCGCUUCGGAAAGGGCGUGGUGGAGGUCGGGGCGCAGUGGAUCCACGGCCCGUCCAAGGAGAACCCCGUCUUCCGGCUGGCCGCGGAGGCCGGCUUGCUGGACGACGAUGCUCUGUCGGAGGAGAACCAGCAGGUGGAAGCGGGCGGGCACCCGGCGGGGCCCUUCGCCUGGUACUCCAGCCAGGGCCGGGAGCUGGACGCCGAGGCGGGGCGUUCCGCGGGCGCCUUCUUUGCGGGCCUCCUGGAGGAAGCGCGCGGCUUCGUGCACGUGGACCGGCCGCCGGUGCCCAGCGUGGGAGAGUACCUGCGGGGCGCCGUGGCCCGGGAGCUGCGGGAGGCGGCGGGCGAGGAAGAGGCGCGGCGCCUCCAGCUGGCCGUCCUCCGCUCCUACUUCCACCUGGAGUGCUGCGUGAACGGCACCGACAGCCUGGACGAGCUGGCGCUGGGGCCCUUCGGAGAGUACGCCAUGCUGCCCGGCCUGGACUGCACCUUCCCCGGCGGUUUCCAAGGCCUCACAGACCACAUCAUGGCCUCUCUGCCCGAAGGGAUUGUGCUGUUUGAGAAGCCGGUCAAGACCAUCCACUGGGGAAGGUCCCACGAGGAGGAGGGCUCCCCAGGCCGGCUCUUUGGGGUGCAGGUGGAAUGUGAAGACGGAGAGACGUUCUUGGCAGACCACGUCAUCGUUACGGUGCCCUUAGGCUUCCUCAAAGAACACCAGGAGUCCUUUUUUUGCCCGCCUCUCCCACCCCAGAAGCUGGAAGCCAUAAGACGAUUGGGCUUUGGGACUGCCAAUAAAAUUAUUUUGGAAUUCGAGCAACCAUUCUGGAAGCCGGACACUGAAAUAAUUGGGGUGGUGUGGGAAAACCAGUCCCCUCUGGAGGAGCGUCCUGCCGACUGGAGAAAUACCUGGUUCCAGAAGAUUGCUGGCUACGUGGUUCUUCAGCCCCCUGAGAGGCAUGGCCACAUCCUUUGCGGCUUCAUCGCUGGAAGAGAAUCUGAAUUUAUGGAAACCCUGUCAGAUUCUGAAGUUCUUACAACUUUGACUCAAGUAUUUCGUAAAGCAACAGGAAAUCCACAGCUGGCUCCUCCGAAGAAUAUACUGAGGACUAGAUGGCAUAGUGAACCUUACACCAGGGGAUCCUACAGUUACGUAGCUGUAGGAAGUUCUGGGGAUGACAUUGACUUGCUUGCUCGGCCUCUCCCUGAGGACCCCUCCGACUCCAAGGCCCCGCCCCAGCUUCUCUUUGCAGGAGAGGCCACCCAUCGCUCCUUCUACUCCACCACCCAUGGGGCCUUGCUGUCUGGCUGGAGAGAAGCAGACCGCCUCAUCCAUCUCUACGACUCGCUCGAGGCGCCGCAUGCGCAGCAGCUGGAAGCUCGCGAGUGACACAACGGCAGCGCCUUUUCCUGUGCUACUUUUCUCACCAAAGAUCAAGAAAUGGUUAGGAAUUCUUUUAAUUAGUCUGAUCUUUGCUCCCGAGUUAAUUACUAGGAGUACUUUUGUCCAAAGAUAUGACAACACUAAUAAUCCCCAACAGUGUGCGCAUUAUCCUGUUUAAAGAAAUCUUCUGCUUAUGUCGCUGUUUCUACCUCAUCUGUUCCUAAAAGUCACCACCUACCAUGGAAAAUGGGCUGCCGCGUUUAAUAGUACUGGCUCAAUAUAUACAAAGCAUUAAGGCACAAAUUAGGAAACUGUAUUUUAACAAGCAUGUUAAGCCAUUGUGGGAAUUAUUUGGCUUUGACUUAUUACAUGAAAUAACCUAGUCUGUUUGUAAACCUUGUUUGUAGCUUGGUCCGUUAUACCAAAAAAAACAAAAUGUGAUGAUGCUAUGGAUUUGCAUUCUGCACGAACCCACCUACUGUCUUAAACAUACUUUUUAUAAUCCUCAGAGAGCAAGGAAGCCUCUCCAUCAGUUGUCUCCUCCUCCUGUGCUGAGCAAUGCCCGUCUAUGUGUGUCUCUGUAUUGCCUAAUCCACUGUAUGAAUCCAGUCUCCGCUUCUGGCGACUCCAUGGAGGGGCCCUUCUAUCCCUCUUAGCCACAGGAUGAAGCCAACUACUGACUGCUGCAUUCCGGGGUGCUUUGCGGGUUCUUCUUCUCCUGGGGUUGACAUUUCCUGCUGCUCUCACAUCCAAAUAUUAACUCCUAGGCCUUCUUGAUGUGUUCUUACAACCGAAUCUCUGUAUAGACACACUUGCUGCCUUGGUGAACAAAAGAGACUCGGGGUAUAUUGUCCACAGAGCUCCAUUCUUCUUUCUCAAUCAAUGUAAUCUCUUCUAGCAAAGUUGAUUGAAAGAAAAUAAAUACUAUAA